CCCUCCUCAUUACCGCCCCCCCAAAAUUUCCAUUCUCUGCCUCUAAUAUCUCCUGCCGGACGGCAAUCGCCGGAAUAUUCCAUUAGCUGCAAUGGGGGUUUGCGCUUCCUGCGAGGCGACCUCGGUGGCUCCGAUUACGACGUCGAAGCUUGUUCUGUUUAACGGCGAGCUGCGAGAGUUCGCGUGUCCGGUGAAGGCGGCGCACGCGCUGCAGAAGGACGCAGAGUUCUUCGUUUGUGAUGCCGAUGAGAUGGAGGUCGGCGGAUUUCUGUCGGCGGUACCUGACGACAUGGAGCUCCGGCUAGGUCAGAUCUACUUCGUGCUGCCCAGAUCGAUGCUUCGGCAACCCUUACAGGGUGCUGACCUCGCGGCUCUUGCUGUGAAGGCUAGCGCGGCGCUUGUGAAAGCAUCGCCGGGCGGGGAGACGCCGCUGGUGUUCUCGGAGACUCUUCGAUGCGAAGCGGCUGAAACGACGAUGCCGAGGAGGAACAGGAGGAGGCGGAGCGGUGGAUCUGGGCUGAGUUUUGAGUCGAAUCUGAGUUCGAUUGUGGAAUGAGAAAGAUUGACUUGUUGUUUUAGAGGAAAUACGAUCGCCAGACUACCGUUGCUGGAUUCGGCCGAGGAACGGGAAUGCGAGCUGAUUUGAUGAGAUGAAAGCAGCCGGAUGUAUGAUCGGAUUGUUUAUAGUUACGCCGUUUCGCAAGGCGGCGAGCGGCCGCGCCGCCUUCGUUCUCGUAUUGCUCUUGUAAAUUAGGGGAUUUAUUAUGUUCUUGGAAUCUAAAAACUGAACAUUGAGCCAGAAAAUGAAAGGAAUGGAGAUUUUGGACCAUUUUGUCA